CGGGAUCGCCCACUCCGAGCGACGAUACGGUCGUCUCCAGCGAGCGGGCCUCCCGCCGCAGCUCAGACGUAGGUGGACUUCCUUCCGAUAAGCCCUACACGGACAACACCCGAUUGACGCUGGAGUUAGACCCGCUCGCGGAGAAGUAGCACGCGCUCUAGUCAUGUCGAGGACGCCACAACCCGUGGGGAGAGCUCGGAAUUGGACAAUGGUGGUGACGGUGAUGACGAUGGGUCCGAGACUCCGGUCUCGCCGGCGCCUCCGACCGUGACGCAUCUCUUCAUCAACAACGAGCAUGUCAUGUCCAAGUCGCAGAGCUGGAGCAAUGUACUGGAUCCGGUCUCGCAAAGCUUACUAUGUAGGGUGCCUGGAAGUACACUGCAGGAAGUCCAGAGCGCUGUUCAGGCGGCACAGGAUGCUCAGCCCGCCUGGGCGGCGUUGGGGUUCCAGGUGCGGCGGGAGCGGCUGUUAAAACUGGUGGAUGUCCUCAGGCAAAUGUCGCCGGAAAUAGUGACCUGUCUAUCCCGUGAGGUGGGGAAAACUCUAGCCGACGCCGACGCCGAAGUCUUCCGUGGGCUAGACUGCAUCCACGCGGCCUGCUCCGUCGGGCCCGAAAUGGCGGGCAUGUUUCUCGGAGGCGAUGCCACCUUGCUGCAGACUUUCUACGAGCCGGUGGGCGUCUGCGUCUCCGUCACCCCGUUCAGCUUCCCGUUCAUGAUCCCCCUCUGGUCGUUGCCCUAUGCUCUGAUCACAGGCAACACGGUGGUGUUGAAGCCCUCCGAAAAGACACCAUCGACAUCCGCCUUACUCGCCGAGGCCUUCCUCAAGACCGGCUUCCCGCCCGGGGUGUUCAACGUCCUCCACGGCGGCCCGUCGACCGUGCAGAUGCUGAUCCACCAGCCCGCCGUCCAGGCCAUCAGCUUCGUCGGCUCGGAGCCCGCCGCGCGCCAGGUCCACGACCUUGCGCGCGCGGCCGGAAAACGCAUCCAGGCCGAGUGCGGCGGCAAGAACCACGGCGUCAUCCUCGAGGACGCCAACAUGACCUCCACGCUCUUCGCCAUUGCCGGCAGUGCCUUCGGGGCGGCCGGCCAGCGGUGCAUGGCGCUCAGCGUGGCCGUCUUCGUGGGCAGCACGCGCGAGUGGAUCCCCCGACUGGUCGAGCUGGCCGAGUCGAUGGUCGUCGGCUGUGGGGGCGACCAGGAGUCCAAGAUCGGGCCCCUGAUCGACGAGGCGGCCGUCAAGCGGGUCGGCGGCGUCAUCCAACGUGCGGUCCAGGAGCAAGCCCGCGUGCUUCUGGACGGUCGUCAGAUCCAGGUUCCCGGUUACCCGGAUGGCAAUUUCAUGGGGCCGACGAUCCUGACUGAGGUGGAGACGUACAUGGAGUGCUACCAGUCGGAGAUCUUCGGGCCGGUACUCAUCUGUAUGGAGGUCGAGACGCUGGAGGAAGCGAUGGAGCUCAUCAAUCGGAAUAAAUAUGGCAAUGCAUGUUCCAUUUUCACCACCAGUGGUAAACAUGCCAAUACAUUUCAGCGCGGCGUCAACGUUGGGCAGAUUGGGGUCAACAUCCCGUUGAUAGCCCCGUAUGGUACUGCGGUUCGGACGAGCAACAAGGAUUCGUUCCUGGGAGACCGACACGCUCCUGGGAAAACCUACUGGCCGUUCUUCACCACGACCAAGACUGUGUCAUCGCGCUGGGAGCAGUAGAAUAGUGGAGUUGCGGCUGAACGGUCAAUUGUCGGGCAAAGUGACUUUGGUCACUUGAUCAUCAAGUGGACAGCAAAAAAGCAGCAGGACGCUGAAGUAAUGUAGGCUGGAAGUGAUCUAGUCUGGUAGGUGUGGUAGCACUACAGUGGCAUAUCGAGUCACUGAAGGAGCAGUCCGUACAGUCCAUACAUGCAUGGGGAAUGCAUUAGAUGAGUCAAAAGGAACCCGAAAAGGAAUGCCAUCCGAGAUGCCCCGAGGUGAGGCUGCGCGCCGUGGCUGAGUCAGAUUGUUAGACGACGUCAUCUUUCCUUAUCCGCUCUGCCAAGACAUCGUA